AUGACCGUACGAGACCUGGAGGAAAGGUAUCGCGCCACGGGGUUACCGCGACCUGGACUGCGGGAUUCAAAGUUGCAGCGCGUCGCGCCGCGGAAAACAUCGCGCCGCGGGACAUCUUCUUUCGUCGCGCCGCGGGACCACCGCGACCUGAACUGCAGAUUCGACCUUCAAUUCGCGUCGCGCCGCGUCCGCUACCGCGCCGCGGGGCAUCUUCCUUCGUCGCGCCGCGAGACUACCGCGAUCCGAACUGCGGGUUUGGGAACUCAAGACGUCGCGCCGCGGCACGCCUCACGCCGCGGCAAAAGAACUCUUCGCGGCGCGGUACGUUAA